ACACGGUUAACAACCUAGGGAACCUUUACAAAACCAAGGCAAGCUGCAAGAGGCGGAGGACAUGUAUCUGCGGGCGCUUCAAGGGUACGAGAAGGCAUGGGGACCCGAUCAUACGUCAACACUAGACACGGUUAACAACCUAGGGAACCUUUACAAAAACCAAGGCAAGCUGCAAGAGGCGGAGGACAUGUAUCUGCGGGCGCUUCAAGGGAAGGAGAAGGCGUGGGGACCCGAUCAUACGUCAACACUAGACACGGUUAACAACCUAGGUCUCCUUUACGCCGACCAAGGCAAGCUGCAAGAGGCGGAGGACAUGUAUCUGCGGGCGCUUCAAGGGAAGGAGAAGGCGUGGGGACCCGAUCAUACGUCAACACUAGACACGGUUAACAACCUAGGGAACCUUUACGCCGACCAAGGCAAGCUGCAAGAGGCGGAGGACAUGUAUCUGCGGGCGCUUCAAGGGUACGAGAAAACUACAGGUCCACCGAAUGAUAUUAGAUAUCGGCGAGCAAUCAAUACUGCACAGAAUCUAGGAGCCUUACUAUCUGUUCAGGGUAAGGCAGCUGAGGCUAAAAGAUUGUAUGAACGAGCUUAUACCAGUCUUCAAGCACUGCUUGGGCCUUCACAUAAAGAUACCCAAUCGUUGCGGAAUACUCUGUUGAAUUUGAAUGACACACUGUCAGGUACGAUAACGCCAGCAGGAUCUGGCAAAUCUAGACGCCGAGAUCGACUUAAAAGAGCACUUCGCAUCUUCCCAUCAAAAUAAUAACCUCGCAAGAGAUGGAAACUCACACAAGGUUAGGGCCGAGGACGGCAUGAGGACGACAUGAGGCCAAAACCCUUCGGGUUGACGGGAAUGCUGGAGGCUGUGACGGAUCAUUUUCCGUUUUAGCUGUCUAUUUCAUUGUUCCAAGUCUACGCUGGUGCAGAUAUGAAAAAGAAGUCCUCAGUCUAUUCCAACGAGAAAUGCGUUUUGGUUUUCUGGUUCAUACAGUAGCAACGGCUUCUCAAGGACAGAAAGGAAUUGUCUGUGCUCUAGGAAUAUGCUACGCACACUAAAGUAAUCAUUGCUUUAUACAGCUGUCGUUGCCAAUAUAAAACGGGCUGUAGGGUAACAUUGCACUAUUUAAGAAAAACUUAAUUGCCGGGUUACGGCGAGGUGUCGAUAUGCAAGUAAAUUGUUAAUGCAUACAGUAUAGCACUGGGGUAGAAGGGCUAGAUUUGACUCUUUAGUGUCAUAAUGAGAUUAAUAACGG